CUCGUUGAAUUUUCGUUAUUGUUUUGUUUCAGGAUUUUAGAUUCUCCUAUAAGUUAUAGUCAUCGCCAACCGUGGUUGGAAGUCCGAUUUUCAUUUGGUUAAAUUUGAAUAAUUUUAUUCAAUAUAUUUUCGAACUAGUUAAAACUAUUUUUGCAGCAUACUAAUAAUAUGAGUAGGAGUCUCCAGUGCCGUUGAACUUUUUUUUUCUUUUUUUGGCCAAUGCACACCUCACCUUGUGAACUUGUAUUGUAAGUUGUAACUUUGUAUUUUAAUUUUUAUUGCGAACGGGACGCACGUGGUGUGAAGUAAUCUACAAACGUUAAGGCCUAAGCUAAGUAUGUUAUUAUUAUUAACAUAGAAUGAUAGAUGAGGUAAUUUUUGUGAAAAAGACAAGUUGAAGAGCCACAGGUACUUUCUUAGUUAAAAUUCAAUAAAUAUAACAUUUAAUUAGUGUUGAGUGUUGGUUACUUUCGUUGCAACUGGCACUGAACCUCUUGCCCUUUAACUUCAAAGUUCAAAUUCAACUGUUCAACUUCAAGUACUAUAGUAUAUAUUAUAUUCAAUUUAUAGUAUUGCUACGUAUUAGUAUUAAGUAUAAUUUUUAUUGCUAUUAGAAAUUAAAAUACUGUUACUAAUACCAGGACUGUGGUAAUUAUCCAGUAAUACUAAUAUUGAUAUCUGGCCGAUAUAAAAGCCAGUGUGCGUCACGUCACGCUUGAGUUCUCGAAAUAGGAGUCAUCAUUUAUAGCCAAAAUGCAUUUAUCCAGAUGGAAUAGUUCGAUUGCUGUCUGUUCAUUACGAUUUUAGUGAGGGGUGUGUGUGCCGUGAAACCUUAUAAGUGUAAGACUAUCUGAAGAUAUGGAAGUCGAAGAGAAUUCCAACAUACAGAGAAUUUUUGCUCAAUUUAAGAGUGAAGCAGGUGAAACAACAGGAGCUCCAUUUGAACUACCCUUGGAUAUAACUGUUGAAAAACUCCAGCUUAUAUGUAAUGCAUUGUUACAAAAGGGAGAACAGACACCAUAUCUUUUUUUUGUCAAUGAAGUUGAAAUAACUGAAAAUUUGAAAAAAGCAUUGGAAGGGAAACCUAUUGAAUCAGAGAAAGUAGUUGAAAUUGUAUAUGCUGCGCAAGCUGUUUUCCGAGUACAGGCAGUUACGAGAUGUACAAGUUCAAUUCCAGGUCAUGCAGAAGCUGUUAUAUCAGUUGCUUUUAGUCCAGAUGGGAGAUUUCUUGCAAGUGGUUCAGGAGACACAACUGUCAGAUUCUGGGAUAUUCACACUGAAACUCCUCAGUUUACAUGCAAAGGACACACAAACUGGGUGUUAUGCAUAGCAUGGUCACCUAAUGGAAAGAAGCUAGCAUCUGCUUGUAAAAAAGGCCAAAUUAUUAUUUGGAAUCCUAAUACUGGAAAGCAAAUUGGUAGAACUCUGACAGGCCAUAAUCAGUGGGUAACUUUUAUCUCAUGGGAGCCUUUACACAAGAAUGGUGACUGCCGGCGUCUGGCCAGCUCUUCUAAAGACACAACCAUAAGGAUUUGGGAUACGAUCCUUAGCCAGACUCUCUUUAUUCUGAGUGGCCAUACCCAGAGUGUCACAUGUGUAAAAUGGGGUGGAAUGGGUCUUUUAUACACUUCAUCUCAAGAUUGCACUGUAAAAGUAUGGCGAGAAGAUGGUGUACUGUGUAGAACACUUCAGGGACAUGGUCACUGGGUGAACACGUUGGCACUCAACACCGACUAUGUCAUCAGAACAGGAGCAUUUGACCCUACCUUAAUGGCUAUUUCUUGCACAGAUUUGUCUGAUUCAGAACUUCAAGAAAAAGCUUUGGAAAGAUUUCAUUCAACAAAAGGUGGAGAACCAGAAAGGUUAGUAUCUGGUUCAGAUGACUUUACACUGUUCCUAUGGCUACCUGAAACAGAUAAGAAGCCUAUAACAAGAAUGACUGGACAUCAACAGUUGGUCAAUGAUGUCAAAUUUUCUCCAGACUUGAGGUUUAUUGCAAGUGCAUCUUUUGAUAAGUCCAUCAAGUUGUGGGAUGCUAAGACAGGAAAGUAUUUAGCUGCUUUAAGAGGCCAUGUCCAGGCUGUUUACCAGAUCUCAUGGUCAGCUGACAGUCGAUUAUUAGUUAGUGGAAGUGCAGAUUCUACACUGAAAGUAUGGGAUUUAAAGACAAAAAAGUUGCAAAUUGAUCUCCCAGGGCAUGCAGAUGAAGUAUAUGCUGUAGAUUGGAGUCCUGAUGGACUGAGAGUGGCUAGUGGUGGAAAGGAUAAAGUACUGAAGUUGUGGAGAAGAUAACUAUGCAGACUAUAUGAAAUCACUUUUAUAUUUCUGUAAAUAAAUGAUGAUUAAAUAAUGUCAUGGUUUUA